CACGAUGUCAUGUUUUGGACGGACAUAUUUGACUGUUGCAAAUCGUAAGAAAACACUUGUACAGCAUGGCUUCGGAGUGCGUGAAGUUUACGAGUGAGCGACAGUUCAGGACCCUGUUCCAGUAAUGCGUGUGUGUUGGCCGAAAGGUGAACUUACUCUGCGGGGAACAUUUCUCGGUGAGACCGCUUGUGUCUGAAGUUGUUUGGUAAUCAAUUGACGGAGCUCUGAGCAGCCAGCGUGACCCCACGCACCUCACCGAAAAGGAGCUGAGGAUACGUUAUAUAGACCAUAAUGUCGAAGGUGGAGGAAAAGAAAAAACACUUCCCAGAUAAAUCACGUAAGCGAAAACCUAAAAAGAAAAACAACAUAUUAAAAAAGAAUGAAAGGCAGUGGUUUUAUGCAGCGCCUGCAAACAAAGACCAAGAAAAGGCUAAAGAUCAACAAACUGCACCUCCAAAGGACUCCCAACAUUUCUCUGCCAACUGGAAAGCAUUGCAAGAGGUGUUGAAGGCCAGUCAGACAGAGAAGCAGCAGCCCACAGCACCGAAACAUCAGAACGGCUUCAUGUCAAAGAACGCCCAAGAGAAUUCUUCUAAAAUAACUUCUAAGAACAAUGCUGGACUGAGCCAGAAAGACACUGAGAAAAAAGCAAAACACAAAACUGUUCCUAAAACUUUUGUCCCCAGUGAGACUGGGCUGAACUCGAAGUUCCUGGCUUCCUCAGAUACAAGACAGUCUGCUGGUCUGAAAAGAGAAACGGACAGCGGGAAGCUGAAAAGCCUACAAGCAGCUAAGAAAAAGAAGCUUGAUCCUGAGGAGACAAAGCCUACAGAGGAGGACCUUUGGUUUGAUGACGUAGACCCCGAUGACAUUGAGGCAACAGUGGGAGCAGAAGCAGCAGAGAUUAUGAGGAAAAAGCAGGGCAAGACCACGGGUACAGACAGUACUAAGGCCACGGAGAACAGCCUGGUUAAGGAAAAUGCUUUCGAAGGCCUCACUAAAGCGGUGGCCAUUGACUGUGAGAUGGUGGGAGUCGGUCCUGAUGGAGAGGACAGCAUAUUGGCACGCGUGUCUAUCGUGAACCAGUUUGGAAAAUGCAUCUAUGACAGAUAUGUGAAACCCACAGAGAAGGUAACAGACUACAGGACAGCUGUCAGUGGCAUCCGACCAGAGGACAUCAAAGAUGGAGAGGAUGUGCAGACCGUACAGAGGGAGGUUGCUGAGAUCCUGGAAGGGAGAAUAGUGGUUGGACACGCUAUACACAAUGAUCUAAAGAUUCUGCUCCUGGAUCAUCCAAAAAAGAAAAUCAGGGACACGCAGAAAUAUAAGCCAUUUAAGACAAUUGUAAAGAGUGGUCGACCCUCGCUCAAACUCCUCUGUAAAAAAAUUCUCAACGUGAAGGUCCAGGAGGGUGAACAUUCAUCUGUUCAAGAUGCACAGGCCACCAUGAGGCUGUACACGCUGGUGAAAAAACAGUGGGAAGCACAGAUUAAAGCAAGUAAGAAAAACAAAUUCUUGGACAAAAGGAGCGAGAGGAAGCCCAAGCUUCCCAAAGGGAAGAAUCACUGAGGAUUGUAAGUCCAGAACAAACAUGCAAGAUGACAGAUGAAUUCCUGAUCAGAGCAGAGCUGACUGAAAUGAUCGCAAGUUUUGGAUUUUAAAACGCAGAAGAAGAAACCACAAAUGUUUUUCAUUUUGUUUUUUAUAUGUAACUGAGGAACUUAUGAUUUCCUAAAAGUGGGAGUUUCCUGAGAUUUUGUAAGAGUUAUCAUAAAAAAAUGUCAGUGUCUGAUUUCAUCAGAUCUCAGGUUUCGAAAGAUUUGCAAGAACUUUUGCAACUCAGUAUGUCAGACAGACUCAUGCAGGCUUUAGACCAAACUAGAGAUGAGAGUCUUUAUAUGCACUGGUCAAUAUAAAUUAUCAGUGAUUUUGAAUGUGUUUCUGGUUGUUUUCAAAAUAUAAAUCAAACACAAUAUAAGUUAUUUCUCUGUAGCUGUGUUGUCCAUACAGAUUUCUAAAAUCUUUUUUUCAUGUUCACAGUUUUAACACCAGACACAAGAGGUUCAGAGCAAUACGAACUAUCUUUUAAAACUUAUAGUUGCAAUUAAUUCACGCUAAUGCUGAGACAUGAAUUUUUGCCUCACAAAAGUGGUUCUCCCUUUUUCUGGCAAAUACACAAAGAGAAGGACAAACUCUUGUUUCAGGUGCUCUGCAUUUUAUUGUUUGCUGUGAUUUCAUCCCAAUGAAUCCUGUCCAGAUUUAAACUUUUAAUGACAUUCAAUAGGAAUCUUAACAAAAAUUGUCCAGCUUAAAUCACUUAUUACUUAAAUUCAGUGUUUCCUUACACAAUCCCAGCCAUCCAGACCUCAUUUUGC